AUGCUGGACGAUCAUGUACCAGAGAAUGAACUGAAUGCACAGGUAGAAAAGCAGACUCAACAGUCUACUCUUAAACAAGCGCAAGUUUCCGAAUCAGCUACAUUUGAAUCCAUUGGGCUUCGACCAUGGCUCAUUGGAUCACUCAAAUCCAUAUCCAUUCGUCAUCCAUCAGAAAUCCAACAGGCCUGCAUACCCCAUAUUCUCAAUGGCAGGGACAUUAUUGGUGGGGCCAAGACCGGCAGUGGCAAGACUGCUGCAUUUGCCCUUCCAAUUCUGCAGAAACUAAGCGAGGAUCCAUAUGGUGUGUUUGCAUUGGUACUCACACCAGCUAGAGAACUUGCAUUCCAGAUUGCCGAGCAAUUUCGAGUGCUUGGAACUGGAAUUAAUCUUAAGCUAUCAGUGGUUGUUGGAGGUAUGGAUAUGAUGAGUCAAGCACUUGAACUGUCCCAGAAACCCCAUGUGAUUAUUGCUACUCCAGGACGUCUUGUGGACCAUAUUCGAAGUAGCAGCAAUGCCAUCCAUUUUAAACGCAUUAGAUUUUUGGUCAUGGACGAAGCUGAUCGUCUACUUGAUGAUACUUUUAGCGAUGAUUUAGAAGGAAUUCUUAGCCAGCUUCCACAAAAGCGCCAAACGCUUUUAUUUACUGCUACCAUGACGGACGAAAUCAAAGAAUUGCAAAUGUCAUCAAAAACCUUACCAUUUGUCUACGAGUGUGCUGAACGAUAUAGCACAGUUGAAAAGCUAGACCAGCAAUAUAUUUUGGUUUCUUCCAAUGUUCGAGAUGCCUAUUUAGCACAUAUAGUUCGUGAGUCGCUUUCUGGAAAAACCAUGAUUAUUUUUGCUAGUAAAUGCAGAACCUGUGAGACACUUCGAAUUAUGUUAAAGGAGUUGGGACUCAAAUCAACUGCACUACAUGCUCAGAUGCCACAAAAUGAUCGAUUGGGGUCGCUUGCAAAAUUCAAAAGCGGGAUUGUGCCGAUUUUAAUUGCAACAGAUGUUGGUAGCCGUGGCCUAGAUAUUCCUACCGUUAAAGUGGUAAUCAACUACGAACUUCCAGCAGAUGCUACCGACUACAUUCAUCGUGUUGGUCGUACCGCUCGUGCUGGUCAAGGCGGUAUGUCACUGUCCUUUGUAUCUGAGCGCGAUGUCGAUAUCAUUCACAAUAUUGAAAAAAAAACUAAAAAAAAGAUGACCGAGUAUACUGUUCCAGAAAAUGAUGUAUUGGAGAUUCUAGAUGAAGUAAACCUUGCCAAACGAAUUGCAAAAAUGGCAAGUUUUCAUAUUGUAUACAAUUUGUUAUAUCGCAAGUCUAAAUGUUGGAUAAAACUACUGGUAAAUCUAACAUAUAUCCCAUUGUUUCUUUCUAUAGCAACUACUGGAUAA